AUGGCGGAAAAUCAGCAAAAGAAGACCAAGAAAUGGUCUCAGAAGUAUAAGACCGAAUACAAAAUAAAUAUAAACUGCAGAGGCGGCGUCUCGCUUACAUCUCCCAACUACCCUUCAAAUUAUCGGAAUGAUGUAAAGAAGAAGUGGUUUAUCACGGCUCCUAAAGAUCACAGGGUUCUUGUUACCUUCAUUGACUUCAACAUAGAGACAGAUGAUACCCUGUACGUGGCUGACAUAGUGGAUAAGCAGAGAUCUAUGCAAUACACAGGGGAAGAAAUGGAGUUCCCUUCAUUCUUGGCCAAAGGAAAUAAGUUGCAGAUCACAUUUAUAUCCUUACAAUCAGGGACUAGGAGGGGGUUUAACGUCACAGUAUCCUGCUACGAUCAUUCAAGUACCGGAUACGCAAAUGUGGCACGUAUUGUUGGCGGUAACUCACCAGGGAAGGGUUUCCUUGAGCUUUGUACUCAAUUGGAUGACUGGAGGAGAGUAUGCAAAGACAACUUUGAUGAAAGGGUGACGGAGGUCGUCUGUGGAGAGCUCGGCUAUCCUGCUGUUAGAAAGGUUUCCUACCGGACUGAGGACUGUAUUUCAGCUGGGCAAGGUUGCAUCAAGGCUCCCAUCUGUAAUGACUACACGUUCCGAUUAGAGGAUUGUUCAUGGUCUUCCGGAAACUGCUCCUCCGCUGAUGCCGUCAAAGUUGAGUGCUAUGAACCAGGAUAUAAGGGUUGCUAUGACCUUGAAGAUCUUCCACAACAAAAUGGAUUCAUCUUUGAAUCAACCUCACAGUGUGUAUCCUCAUGUAGAGUGUUCUCAAGAAAGGCUCUCGCUAUAAUGAAUGGAAAACAAUGCUCCUGUUCUUUCGCUGAUGAAGUUAACCUAUCCGACAUAACCCCUGCAACAUGCAACCAACCUACACAGGAUACUCAACGAGUUAUCAACUCAUUGGUUUAUGAUGUUUCCGUUGGAUUCUGCGAUGAGCUGGAUGACGUCAUGAAUGGAUCAUGGGGUUCUAACAUCACGUGGUUUGGUUCCAUCGUCUAUCUCACGUGUGAUGAUGGAUACAGUCUGAAUGGUAACAGAACACUGCAGUGUGUACCAGGACUAUCGCCGUAUUAUCCUAUUUGGAAUAGUUCCUUGCCAACAUGUGACAUGCUUAAAGGUAAGAGGAAGGGCACUAGCAACUUGCUACCAUGCAUGAACUCAUUUUAUCGGCAUUUUUUAAAAACAGCAAAUUAGAUAUUGGGCUCUUACUCUCUUUCUUUGUAUGAGAUCAUACAGGUGGGAGCUAUCUGUCUAGAAAUGACAUCAACAUUAUGUUUGUGUGUGUAAUAUACAUGAUUACAUACAUACAUGCAUACUGCUUGGUGAUACUUUAUGUA